UACUCUUUUAUUAUACCCGUUAAUCGUUGAGUAAAAGGGUAUAUUUGAUUCGUCGAUUUGCUCUUCCUUCAGUCCUUUCAACUAUCUCGUCUCGCUAUGUGCCAUUUAAAUCCUGUGCAAAGUUGCCCCAGUGUUACGACAACUUACCAGCUUGCCUACUGUCAUACUGUUUUGGAGCGCAACGACCGGCGAAAACUAGCCACAUACGGUCACGACAAAUGUAUGCCCGAGAAGACGCUGGAAUCAUUUUUCCUUAUUUGCUAAAGCUAUUUGCUCUUCCUUCAGUCCUUUCAACUAUCUCGUCUCGCUAUGUGCCAUUUAAAUCCUGUGCAAAGUUGCCCCAGUGUUACGACAACUUACCAGCUUGCCUACUGUCAUACUGUUUUGGAGCGCAACGACCGGCGAAAACUAGCCACAUACGGUCACGACAAAUGUAUGCCCGAGGAGACGCUGGAAUCAUUUUUCCUUAUUUGCUAAAGCUUACUAUUUUAUUAUACCCGUUACACGUUGAGUAUAAGGGUAUACUUGAUUCGUCGUUGUCUAGCCCCAGUGUUACGACAACUUACCAGCUUGCCUACUGUCAUACUGUUUUGGAGCGAAACGACCGGCGAAAACUAGCCACAGUAUACGGCCACGACAAAUGUAUGCCCGAGGAGACGCUGGAAUCAUUUUUCCUUAUUUGCUAAAGCUAUCGAACAAGUAUAUUAAGAACAAUUAAAUGGUUUAAUUGUGCAAUGAUAAGAGUGACUAUAUGGAUGGUUCUACCAAUGAGCCCCUUUCUAGAAAACGUGGUGACUCUGAAAUAAUAAUGGAAGACGAUUUUAUUGUAGGGAACCAAAGGCAAAAGCAUUUGGAACUUUCUAAAUGCCAAGAGUUUGACAAGCAAUAUCAUUUAGGAUCUUU